AUGCCAUCGUAUUAUGCUGUCGCCAAAGGUGUGAAAACUGGGGUCUACGAUAAUUGGGAUGAUUGUAAGUCAAUGGUUAAUGGGUAUAAAGGUGCCGUUUAUAAAAAGUUCCCGUCUCUUUCAGCAGCUCAACAGUUUGUCAGAAGUCAUAAGCAAAAGGAAGAAAUCGUCGAAGAAAGAUUGGCGACUGAAGAACCAAAGAUUCAAGGGCAACUUCUGAAAUUUAAGCCGGAAACGCAUGCUUCUUCUCUGAAACCCCAGUCGCAUUAUAUAUCGGAGAUGCCUAAGCUAUACAGUGAUAUAUCUAGGUUUUACAAUCGACCUUCUUUCUUCAAAUCAUUAGGUGGUUCGGCAAACACAACUCAUCGCAUAUUUGUAGAUGGUGCUUCGAGGGGCAAUCUGCGAUCUAAAAUGACUGCUUCGGGUUAUGGCGUCUUUUACGGUACCAAUGAUCCCAGAAAUGCUGCUGUUGGUCUACAUACGCUCGACGAUUUAAACGUGUUCAAGCCGACUAAUCAGCGAGCAGAAUUGAAUGCAAUCAAACACGCUUUAAUAGACAUAGCGAAUGCGUUAAACUCUGCUGGAGGCACCAACGUUGACGAAAAGUAUGUUAUAUAUUCAGAUUCCCAAUAUGCCCAAAAUUGCGUGGGCAAAUGGCUAGAUACCUGGUUUAACAAUGGCUGGAAAAGCAGCCUGGGCAAACCUGUCUCCAAUAAAGAUAUAAUAGAGAGCUGCUUACCGAUUUUAAACUACAUCAAUUUCACUUAUGGUAAAAACAACUUAGGAGUUCUUGAAUUUCAGCAUGUCAGAGGACACAGAGGUAAUUUUGGCAAUGAGUGGGCUGAUAAAUUGGCAAACAUUGGUGCUGAUACAAUGCAAAGGGAGCUAAAUUUAUGA